CAGGCGGCCACACAAAUUGUUAACAUUUAGCCCAUGUCUAUAGUAUGUUUUAGCUUUGGCUGUGACUAGUGUCUGUGAGUUUGAUGGUUAAUGUGUAACCCCCACAAACUAACUGAACCUGGAUUCGUGGAGAUGUGCUUUGAUAAGCCAGCUGGUGUUGCAUGCUGAGUCACUGGACACACGACUGGACAAAUAGGUGACAAGUUAGCUCACAUAAUGACAGUUUGACUGGGCCCACACCACCGCAAGACAACGCUGUGUCUGAACACUGUCUGAAAAGCGCAUGUUGGACUGAGAAUAUUUGGACAUCACUUUUACAUCACUUGGUUGAACGACACUCGGGACUUACUACUACUAGUUGGUCGGAACACCGCUCAACUUGUUCUAAAUACUACUCCACUACACUAUCUUGGUUGGACUACCACUCAACUUGGUCUGGCUACCGGUCAACGUGGUCUAAAAACGACUUAACCAGCUUGGGCCGACUUCCUCCGACCAAGUUUCAGACCCUGACCCAUCUUGAGUAGUAACCCUGCUUCAGGGGGCCAUGGAGGGUGGCUCUAAAUGCACCAGGGGUCAGCUCCUGCACCUGGAUGUGUGUGUGGAUGAGCAGAAGCCUCGCGGCGGUGUCCUAGAGCUCCUCGGGAGACUAAGGCCCCAGUGGAAGCCACAGGACAUCAAGAUGAAGGUGUUCACAGAGGGCAUCACCAACCAGCUGAUGGGCUGCUUCGUGGGCUCACUCCAAGAGUCAGGGGCCGUGCUGGUGCGUGUGUACGGGAGGAUGACAGAGCUCUAUGUGGACCGGGAGAGAGAGGUGGAGAUGUUCCAGAUACUCCACUCUCACAACUGCGGCCCGCAGAUCUACUGCAGCUUCCGGAACGGCAUCUGCUACGAGUUUGUGAGGGGGACCGUGUUGGACGACACACUGCUCACACAGCCUGCCAUCUAUAGAUUGAUUGCGACAGAAAUGGGAAAAAUCCACUCGAUCAAGCUUGAAUCGGACAACCCUGUGGAGAAUAUUCUGUGGAAGAAGAUGGCCCAGUUUCUCAAACUUGUCCAUAAUGCUCUGAGCAACACAACAGCACCACAUAGUUCCAAGCUGCUGCAAGAGAUCCCUAGCAUCGAAACCCUGUCAGAUGAAAUGGAGACGCUGAAAAGACACCUCUCUCAGAUCGGCUCGCCAACCGUGCUGUGUCACAACGACCUCCUGACUAAAAAUAUAAUCUUCGACAACAAAGAGGGCAUGGUGAGAUUCAUUGACUAUGAGUAUGCUGAUUUUAACUACCAGGCCUUCGACAUAGGCAACCAUUUCAAUGAGUUUGCAGGUACGAGUGACACUGACUACAGCCUGUAUCCCAGACCUGAACUGCAGAGGGACUGGUUGACUGCUUACCUUGAGAGCUACAAGCACAGUGUGGGGCUGGAGGCCACAGUUACAGAACUAGAGGUUCAGAAGCUCUACGUUCAAGUCUGCAAGUUCUCACUGGCCUCCAACUUUUUAUGGGGUCUCUGGGCAAUCCUGCAGGCCAGAUAUUCCUCAAUUGAUUUUGACUUUGAAAGGUACGCCAUAACCCGAUUCGAUUACUACUUUGAGAAGAAGGAAGAAUACUUUGGAUUGACUCUCAGUUAGAGAACCGAGCCCGAAGAAAUUUAAACAGUUCAGGUCUGCUGCAUUUUUAUUUGAAUUUAAGAGAGUAUUUUUAUCGACACAUAAUGCUGAAAGAUUGAAAAAGAAUGCGGGCAAUAUAACCAUGUGUGUUUCCAGAAAAUGUACACUUGAUUGUUACAGUUUCCUAAAAAAGAAUGGUGUAAUUUCAACUGAUUCUCCAAAUAUUUGUUUCAUCACAGUGAGGUUGGAGAUAACCUCAUUUGGCAAAUUGACAUGGCUUCCAGGCCAGAAAGAUGUUCAUUUACAUUUUAGCCAAGUUACUCAAAGCAACAAGAACUAAUACUAAAAUCAUGAGGGUUAUUUCCAGGCUCAUUCAACAUUAAGCUCAGUUGAGGUUUUUUUUUUAAAUGUCCCCUGGCAUGGAUUUUCAGUGUUGUAUUAUUUCAAGAUGGUAUUACCAUCAUGCUCUGUUUCAAUUGUUUUGUUAUAAGACAGCUCUCUUCUGUUGCCCAAAAGAUGAAUAUUAGAUAAAUAAAUUGUUCAUACAAUGUACAUCGAACAGUACAUUGUACAGUAUAUACUGCAGCAUGCAUAGGCAAGUGUUUUUGCUGAACUCCACUUCAGUGCAUAUCAUAACAAUUGCAUACAAAGCAUUUUAGAAAUAAAGUGUUGCCUAUCCAUUU